AUGGUCGGCGUUCCUCAUAGUACUGGAUGUGCACUAUGCCGGGAGCGGCGUAUUAAGUGUGAUCAAGCAAAGCCGCAAUGCUCACAAUGCCUGAAAUUUCGUCGCCCUUGUCCGGGAUACAGGCGGACCUACCGUUUCCAAGAUGAAAGGCCAGCCCUAGAGCGUCGGCAUCAGUUAUCAACAAGCCCAAGGUCUUCCGUUGAUGGUGCAAACGAGCUUCGUCAAGCUGUCCCUUCUGAUGACGAGCAGCAUCAGCCUGCCCAGCAUCAACCCGUCUCAUUCAUGAGAUUUAUCACCAAUGCGUUUCCUAUAUUCCACGAAAUCAAUAGCUUCCGUGCAACGGAUUAUCCAAAUCUCUCUGCACACAUUAACUUCAGCGCUGAUAGAAGCUUCUACCUUGCUGCUGCCGCUCACUGUGUAAGCCUCGUAUUUCAGGAAAUCUCAGGCAUGGAACAAUCCCUUCUAAAUAACGGCCGACACACAUACAAUCAUGCCAUUCACGCAGUCCGCCAGGCUUCCAGCUUGGAGCAGAGUUCAAACAAGGCCGAAGUACUUGGUGCCAUCAUCCUGCUCUCCAUCUACGAGAUGCGCGUGCAAACUAUCCCAGAUGGAUGGUUGAACCAUGCUCAAGGCGUUGAAGCAAUAAUGGAGGAACUAGGUGCACAGGCGCAUACCUAUGGGUUUGCACGCGCUUGCUAUAUCUUUUUCCGCGGAUUCCUGAUCGCGUACGCCUUGCAACGCGGACAGCCAUGCUUUCUGGAGAAAGAAGAAUGGCAACAACUAGCAGAGAGGAUUAGAAGCGAGGACUCACAAAAGCUCGGUAACGAUGCGGCAUUUGUGGACGUGACAGAGCGUAUCUUUACGGAGUUCGUUAAGUUUCCACGAUAUACAUAUGAAGCACAGCUACAGAGCAGAGUACCGAAUGAUCGUGAGGCGUUUCAUUUGCUUUCGCGAAUCCUUGACUCACGAAAAGAGCUGCAGUUGCUUUUAAGUGAAUUGAAAGAUCUCAUCACUGCCGAUUUGGCAAGGGAAAAUAGCAUGGCCUCUCAGGAGGACACCCUGAACGCCCCGACACUCUUGCUUCAUGGAGUCGAGAGUGCCCUUGUCCUUUCGCAUGACUUAGAAGACAGAGUCGCAAUGACUCCUGUCCCGCUAUUUCGCGUUUCUCCAGGACUCACUCGCAUAAUCGAGACUGGCGCUAUAGUGCGUGAUGCCUCUUGGCUGGACCAAAUGGCUUGUUCUAUGGGUCUGUUGGGGGCUAGAGUUGUUGAUGGGAAUACGCCAUGA